UUAUACAAAUCAUGGCUGCGAAGGGAAACCCUUAUGCCUCUUUGCUUAAGCAAGAGGAUAUUAACUCUCCUCCUAAAGUUAUCGUUGUGCAGGGAUCAAGCGAGAGUGGAAAAACUACACUGAUUCAAUCUCUAGUGUAUCAUUACACAAAGCAGAAGGUGAAUGAAAUCAAGGGAACUAUCACUAUUAGGACGAACAAGAACAAUAGGAUCACCUUUAUCGAAUGUCCUAAUGAUAUUAAUGGCAUGAUCGACUGAGCCAAGAUCUGCGAUCUUGCUCUUUUAGUCAUUGAUGCCUCAAUAGGUUUCGAAAUGGAAACAUUUGAGUUCCUUUCAAUUCUUAAAAAUCAUGGAAUGCCUUCAACAAUGGGAGUGCUUACUCAUUUAGACUACUUCAAAGAAAACAAAGAGCUUAGGAAGACAAAGAAAAAUAUGAAGAAGAGGUUCUGGAAAGAUGUAUAUGAUGGAGCCAAGCUAUUUUACCUCUCAGGCGUCGUGUUUGAUCGUUAUCCCAAAAUAGAAAUUCACAAUUUAGCGCGUUUCAUUUCUGUAGCUAAGCAUCAGCCUCUUUCUUGGAGGACCAAGCAUGCUUACUUGAUUGCUGAUAGGUUUGAUGUUAUCCAGAACAUUGAAACGAAGAAGGAUAACGCUAUGGUGAGCUUCUAUGGCUAUGUUAGAGGCACAUAUUUCGAGAAAAACACGAAAUUACAUGUCAUGGGAAUUGGAGAUUAUCACAUUACCUCAGCAACAAGGAUCCAAGACCCAGUUCCAGUAGAAGCAAAGAAACCAGCAGGAAUGUCCAAAGCAGAAUUUGAAAAGGAAACAGGAAAGAAGAAGAGGAGAACUCUAAAAGACAAAGAAAGAAUUCUCUAUGCCCCAUUCAGUUCUUUGGGAGCUUUGAACUUUGAUAAGACAAGUGGGUACAUCACAAUUCCAGAUAAAUAUGUUGUCUUCUCUAAGGCUGAGUUUGAUAACACUAUUCCUGGGAAUGAAGGACAGAAGAUGGUCAGAGAAUUACAGGACCGUAAGUUCCAACAAGAAGAGCAAAAGGGAGAUGAUAAUUUGGAACUACUUGAAGGAGUCAAUUACCAAAAUGAAAAAGAAACUCAUCAAGAUAAAGUCAAGGAAAGCAAGAUUAGAGUGGUUCAAAGUGACGGCAAAGUUAAAGAAUACUCAGAUAGAAGAGAUGCAUUAGUUUCAAAGAAUGAGAAGGAAGAUAAAAAUAUGGAAUCUGAAUUUGUCAAACCAGAGAGUUUCAAAAAGUUGAAAACUUUAUCAGACCUUAUCUAUGAGGAAUCUACUUCUGAAGAUACAUCAGAUACAGACAUCAACCAGCUAGACUCUUCAAACGUAAAGAUUGGUUUAGACACAUCUGAUAAAGACCUACUCCAAAUCUUGUGAAAGCCUAAAUUUGUCACUGGCCAGGCUAAAGUAGAAGGCCUCGACGAAAUGCAGCCUUCUGAUUCAGAUGAGGAGGAAAUGGCUGAAAACCAGAAGCAUCGCCAAGAGCAGCUUGGAGCAAAUGCAGAUGACAGUGGCGAAGAAGAGGACGAUAAGUUCCUUAAACCCCAUCUUAGAAAUCAGCCAACUAAGGAAGAAAUCCUUAAAAUAAAGAAAAGGGAUGAAUUCAUUGAUGAAGACUAUGGAUACUUCAAAGAAGGAACUUAUGUUAGAGUUGAAGUAGAGAUUCCAAAGAAAUAUGCUGUAAGAAUGGAACCCCAGAAAAUAGUAACUCUGUGUGCUCUUGAGAAAAGAGAGGAACAAUUUGGACUAAUGAGAGUUAAAAUUAAAAAGCAUCGGUGGUACCCUCAUGUAUUGAAGAACAAAGAUCCCCUAAUUUUCUCUAUUGGAUGGAGAAGGUUCCAAUCCAUCCCAGUCUUUACAACAGAAGAUCAAAAUGAGAGGACCAGAAUGCUUAAGUAUACUCCUAAAUUUGGAUUUUGCCAUGGAGUAUUCUAUGGUCCGCUGUACCCAUUGACUACUUCGUUCAUCUGUAUCCAGGGGCUUGAUAACAAGGCAUCUAAUUUCAGAAUUUCAGCAAAUGGGAUUGUAGUUGAGAUGAACCAAAACUUCAAAGUUAUGAAAAAGUUAAAGCUUAUUGGAGAACCAUACAAGAUCCAUAAGAAUACAGCCUUUAUCAAGAAGAUGUUCAACUCAACACUCGAAGUGGCGAAAUACGAAGGAGCUAAGCUCCAAACUGUCAGUGGUAUUAGAGGCCAAAUCAAGAAAGCUGUUGAAUUAACAGGACAAGAAGGAUGUUUCAGAGCAACAUUUGAAGAUAAACUUAAAAAGAGUGAUAUCGUAUUUUGUAAAGCUUGGUUCCAAGUUGAUAUCCCUAAAUUCUAUAACCCUCUCUCCUCCUAUGGAAACACCAGAAUGCUAAAGGUGACAUCAGAAAUAAGAAGAGAAAAAGAUAUUGAUCUAAAAUUCCCUAAAGAUUCUCAAUACAUCAUGAGAGAGGAGGAAGAAAAGUUAAAGCAGGUCCGAGAUGAACGUAUAAAAAUGCCUUUGUAUGUCCCAAAGAACAUCAGCUCGAACCUACCUUUCAAAGCCAAAGCUAAGGCCCAAAAGCUACAUGAUAAAGAAGGUGAGGAGAAGCGUAGACGCACAAAUCUGCUUCAAAAGUUAGAUUUGCCUGCUAAAAGGCCUUUCAAAGCUCAGUUUAUGAAUGAAAGUGAUAAGAAGAUCUACUCCUUGGUCCAAAGGCUUGGCACUAUUGAUAAAGAAAAGUACAAACAGAAUAAGAAAAGGGUAGAAAAACUAGAAGCUAAGAAGAAAGAAGAACAAGACAUGAGAAUGGAGUUCGCUAAGAAAGCCAGACAGAGAAGACAGGCUGAGAGGAAUAAAAGAAGAAGGAGAUAAAUUAAGACUUAUUCAUAAUUUUAUAUG